AUGACACCACUAAAUGUUCUCGGUACCUCGAAUAAGGGUUGCGUGAAGUCAGUGCAUCCAAAAUCAUUUGAAGAGCUUCAGCAACCAUUCGGAUUUGUUCUCUAUGAGAAGAAAUUGGAAAGAUGUGGAAAGACCUUGGAAAUCAAGCUUCUGAAGGACUUCGGAUAUGUUUUCCUGAAUUCGCGUCACGGAACAUUUAUACAUUCUUACUACGGAAAAACUGUACGAUCGGUGGAACUGAAAGGAUGCAAACCUCACGAUAGGCUUACUAUUCUCGUUGAGAAUUCAGCGCGAUUGAACUACGCGACAGAAAGUGAUCCAAAGGGAAUACUUUCGAAAGUACAGCUCGACGGUGAAGUAUUGAAAGGAUGGCGACAAUGCAAAUUGACUCUUCCAAUAACGGUCCCGAAAAGAAACUUUGCAAAAUCGGUAGGUUAGAG